GCCCUCCCAUACGUCUGCCUGCUGAUCGCCAUGUUGUUCUUCAUCUAUGCCAUCAUUGGGAUGCAGCUCUUCGGAAACAUCGGCCUGGAUGACAGCACCCCCAUCAACCGACACAACAACUUCCACAAUUUCUUCAAUGCUUUGAUGCUCCUGUUCAGGAGUGCAACGGGGGAGUCAUGGCAGGAUAUCAUGCUGGCUUGCCUGAGUGAGAAGAGAUGUGAGGAGUCCUCGGAUCACCACUGUGGCACCGACUUUGCUUAUUUCUACUUCGUCUCCUUCAUUUUCCUGUGCUCGUUCCUCAUGCUGAACCUGUUUGUGGCCGUCAUCAUGGAUAACUUUGAGUACCUGACCAGAGAUUCGUCAAUCCUGGGCCCACACCAUCUGGAUGAGUUUGUGCGAGUCUGGGCUGAGUAUGAUCGCGCUGCCUGUGGAAGGAUUCAUUAUAAGGACAUGUACACAAUAGUGUGUAUGAUCGCGCCUCCCCUGGGACUGGGGAGGAAGUGCCCUUGUAGGGUGGCCUGCAAGCGUAAGAAUGCUUGGACGGAGCAACGAACGAUGUUCACAGCGCACGCGCCAAAGACGAACUGA